UCGAUGCAUGUGACCAAAGAUAUUUUAAAUGUAUUGAAUCUGUAUUACAUUUUUGAAUAGGUGCAGUACAUACUUUCUUAGUUUUAAAUUACUUAAGAUAUUACAAGUACUUUGCAAUUAUUUGCCCAUAUUUUUGAAUUGACAUAUAAUUAAAUUCCCUUUAAUUUAUUAAACAACUAAAACUGGUUGGAAUUGAAAAUAGUAUAGCAAGGUAUUGUUUAGUUGUUUGCUAUACCUAACCAAAGUCUUCAUCAGGUUAAUAACUCUAGUUUCCAUCCCUUCAGUUUUACAUCUAGAACGCUGCCCUCUAGUGCGUAAGCUUAUUUAAAUAAAUAUAUUUUCGAAAUACCUUGUAAAUUUCAUAUUAUCACAUCUAGUAUAUGUUUUCCUUUUUUUCCCCUUAAAAUGCCCGUGCAAGGCAUUAAUUAACUUCAGAAGAGGAAAAAAUUGAACAAGAUAAAUAAUGUCAGCGCUAUUGAUCGUUCUCUUUCUUGGUUUAAUCAAUAUCAUGUCCGGUAGCGUGAUACAUACUGAAGCUUUUGCGAUAAAUUCCCUUUAUUAGUUUGCCAAAGCCACCCCAGAUGACUGAAGAGGCCCUUACCGGCGAGGAUGCAAUAAACAGGAGAAGAUCCGCAGGGGGUAAGGAUGUGUGAAGAAUCAGCAUGUUUGGUACCUCCGUUGGAGCCAACACAGAAUGGGCCAACCGAACCUCGACUAUCGUCGAGCAGUGGAGGCGUUUCGCACAAUGGCGAAGCUUUGGUGGGCUUCCACGAAGACGCUUUGUCGCAAGCGGCGAUGGGCAAAGCACAACUACUGCUCGCGGUCGUCCUGGGAUUGGGACUUGCAGCAGAUUGUUCGGAACUGACUAUUCUGGGAUAUAUUAUGCCUGCGGCUGAACUACACUUGUGCAUCGGGGAGCACCGGAAAGGAUGGCUAGUUUCAAUAACUCUGCUGGCUAUGGCUGGAGGAUCGUUGGCCUGGGGCAUUCUGGGAGAUCACUUAGGGCGGAGAAGAGCGUUGAUCAGCGCCCUCUCAGUGGCGGCUCUGUUUUCGGCAGUGGCGUCAGUGAUGCCCACUUAUGGCACAUUUAUGACAGCAAGGUUUUGUUCUGGUCUUGGAGUAGCUGGGGCUUUCCCACUAACCUUCAGCUACCUCACAGAAACCUGUUCCAGAUCGACCCGUACCAGAUACGCCGGCAUCCUCCAUUCAAUAUGGCCCUUAGGGGCCGUCUUUACGUCAAUCAUAUCACACCUGACUAUGCCCACGCUUGGGGCAGAAAUAGUACAAGACAAUCGGGAACAUUGGAGCUCUUGGCACAGGUUCCUUAUUCUUAGCAUACUUCCUACUUUAGCUUGUAUAAUAGGACUGAUAUGGGCAUCGGAAUCGCCGAGAUACCUCCUGGAGGCUUCUAGGGAGGUGGAGGCGUUGGCCGUGUACCAGAGGCUGCACAGGUUGAAUAAGGCCCGAACGCAAUACGGUCUUACGGAAUUGGAGUUGCCGGGAAGGAACGCUUAUCGCGAUAGGCCUUUGAGCCCAUCCAGGAAUAUUUUCAGUCACGGAAUUGGUUCGUUUCGUGAGGCAUUUCAACGGGUAUCCUCCCCAACGCAUUUCCGCACAACUCUUCUCUUAGCCACUCUGCACCUGCUGUUGGGAUUCCUGUACAUGGGUGUGUCCACGUUCUCAACUACCAUCAUUAAGGACCUCAGAGAACAAGAGUAUUACCUACACCGGCAAUACAUCAACAACGUAGACUAUUACGGUGUUACAAUCAACAAAACAAUAGAGAACGUUCAGUACCAGAACACAGUUUUCAGGAACGUCACCUUCACACAUAUCAACCUUAACCACGUCGACUUCCUGAACUGCACCAUCGAGGAAUCAGAAUUCAUCAGCGUCAAAGCUUCCGUCUCCUACUUUAAAAGUUCUAUAAUAAAGGAUUGCAGAUUUAUCGAUACUGACCUAACAGAUCACCACUAUAUCAACUGCACUUUGAUAAACAACACAUAUCUCUCACUAAUAUCAGACUGCACCGUAGACUUUGAUUACAAUAUAUACUUGGAGGACUUGUACGACGAGACUCUGGCUUGGUCCGGAUUCAUGUUUCCCGCUCUCUUCUUCAUGGGAUUCAUUCUGGAAACCACCACCAGACCGCCAGUUAUAAUCGUCACUUUAGUUUUAGCGGCGAUUACUGGCGCUGGUAUAUUUUUCGCUUCCACGUCGUUCAUCGUAACUACGGUUGAACUAGUAAUAAAGAUAUUGCUGAUGUGCGCAGUCAACGCCAUAACUUUGGUGGUGGUCGAAGGGUACCCUUGUCAUCUAAGGUGUACUGCGCACGGUAUGAUGCGUAGCCUGUUCCAUUUAGCGUCCCUCUGUGCCAUACCGAUCUACAGUGCGUUAGUGCACACCAUGUUAUUGUUUCCCGCUGUGAUUACCGUAUCCUUGACGAUUGUGGCUGCUUUGUUAUCAACAAGGAUUCAAGAUAACAGUAAAGUCCUUUUGUAAACGUUUUAUUUUCCAAUUAUUUAUUUGAACUUUGGUAGAGAAUAUCUGUGAUAUUAUUUUUAUGAGCAUAUUAUUUUUUACAUAUCUUUUGGACGGUAGUAAAUUUAACUUGAAUCAUAGCAAGCCGUCGCAUAUCAGUUCGAUAGGUGCUUCGUAACGAGGAAAAAUAAUACAAUUUGAAGUAAAUUUAGAUUGGUUAGUGAUCAAAUGUACCCUUGAAUAACUUGUACUACUUGUACCUACCUACAAAGUGUUUGUAU